AUGAGGGCUGUCAUGGUGAAAGAUGGCCGAGGUUCUUCGGCGAAUCUCUACAUCGGAGAGGCUCUCGUCCCUCAGCUCGAUGACGACGAAGUUCUAGUCAAGAUCGAAGCGUUUGGUCUCAACCGUAUGGAUAUUCGGCAGCGCGAAGGACUCUACAAUCUUCCGCCUCAUGCUCCCCAAAUCAUGGGCGUCGAGUUCUCUGGUCACAUUGUGGCUACUAAAAACUUGCAGGACUCGAAAUGGAAGGAGGGAGAUGAAGUGUUUGGUCUUGCUGUGGGAGGUGCUUAUGCCGAGUACAUCAAAGUUUCAGCACGCAUGGUCUUGAACAAGCCACCCCAGCUCAGCUGGGUCCAGGCAGCCGCUAUCCCCGAGACCUACCUCACCGCUUUCCAAGCACUAAGGAGGAUCGCAUGCAUGAAGAAAGGCGAAAGUGUCUUGAUCCAUGCCGGGGCCAGCGGUGUUGGUAUAGCUGCCAUACAGCUUGCCAAGGUCUAUGGUGCUGACAAGAUCUUUGUAACCGCUGGAUCACAAGACAAGGUCGACUUCUGUCAACGUAUCGGGGCAACAAAAGGCUUUAACUAUAAAGCAAGCGAUUGGGCGGACCAGCUAGCUCAGUACACUGCAGCCGAGGGAGAGAACUGUGCUGGCUCUGUGGACGUAAUUAUCGACGUCGUCGGAGCGCCUUACUUGGCCGGUAACAUGCGAAGUCUAAAGAAGGAUGGAAGGUUAGUUGUACUUGCCUUCAUGGGUGGAGCUCAGCUCAGAGAAGUCGAGAUCUCGCAGAUUCUGUAUAAACGACUCCGGAUCGAGGGAAGCACCUUGCGUUCGAGGACCAUAGGCUAUCAGAGUGACCUCGUCCAGGACUUCGUUAAGGAGAAGGGUAUCGAGAGACUGAUCAUGGGCUGUUCCUCUUCUGACGAGGGUGGAAGCCAGAUUAUCAUUCACAAAGUGUAUUCCUGGAAGUGUAUCAAAGAGGCGCACGACGAGAUGGAGGCCAACAGAACCGUCGGCAAGAUCGUGGUCACUAUUGAUGAUUAUUAG